UACAAAACCCAUCAAACACCGAACCUUUCUUCCAAUUCAAUCCAUUCUCUUUCUCCCGGCCCCACUACUUUUUCUCUCUCUAUCUCUGCAACAUCCAUAAGCGCUCUUUAUCACACACCAGCUGUGCUGUCAAAGUCCAUGGAAGAAAGUCGUGUUUUCGAGUGAGAGAGUCUUGUUUUAGAGAGAGUUCAUAUACGACAGUCUUGUUUUAGAGAGAGAGAGUCUUGUUUAGAGGGCAAAAACUCAAAGUCUGUUUUAGAGAGAGAAAACCUGGAGGGAGAGAGAACUCAAUAAAUUAAUGAAACAGUUUCAGAAUUAGAAAAGGAAAAGGGGGGGAGAACCCAAGAAAGGAAAGGUUCCUGUGAGAGGAACUGGGAGGGAGGGACCCAAAAAGGAGGAAGCUUUAGAGAGAAGAGAGAGAAAGACCCAGAAAAAGCUUUAGAGAGAAGAGAGAGAAAGACCCAGAAAAAGCUUUAGAGAGAGAGUGUGUCCAAUAAGGAAAGCAAGCAAAGGGUCCUGUUUUCUGCAAGACAAAGAAAAGGGUGUUGGCGUGAAGAGGGUCUUUUCAAAGUGGGUCUCUCUCUCUCUAUAUCUCUUUCCCUCUCUAAAUGGGAUGCACAAGCUCUAGAGAGACCUUAUAUGGAAGAGUAGUUGGAGCAUCCAUGGCCCCUGUCAACAGAAGCAUGUCCAUGCCGUUGCCUGGUCCAGUUCACCAUCCCCCAUCAAAGAAAGGGGAGAGUUAUCACCUUGUUUCUCUCACAUCCACCACCUAUGGUUCUUUGGUAAUGGAUUCUUUAUCUCAAUUCUCACCACAAAGCCCAAAUAAAAGCACGCCCCAGAGCGUCAAUACCCUGAAACUCAUGGAAGGAAUUGAAGACCAUAGCUUUGCUACAAAUGGGCAGACAAAAAGAAGAGAGGAAUUGGAGUGGAAUUCGGAAUUGGAUAGAUCGAAAUUUUGGGAGAACUUUGAUCUUCAAAUUGCUAAGAAGGCUCAAAUCAAAGAGGAAUUAGAGAAAGAUCGUAACUUUCAAUCAGAAACCCAGAAAUUCUGCCAAAAUUCGAACGUCCCAUUGUCGAAGCAGAGCCCUUCAAGGAUUUCAACGAGGCCUCUGUGGAUGCAUUUGACUGAAGAGUCUCUAAUCGAAGAAAUGGACCCCAGCGUGGCUUCGAGCCUCAUGCUUGCUGCUGCCCGCAAUAACCGCACCACCCACAAGGUCCUGAACCAGUCCCAGAGUUUCUCUGCAAUCUCCAGGGGCAAACUUGAGACCGAGCAUGACUCGAAAGAGUUCUCAAGCAUGAAGUGGUCGCCAUUACAUAAGGACUCAAUGGCUUUUCCAAAGGUUUCACCAUUACAGACUGAUCCAAGCGCUCUUUGCAGCCUUAUGGCCUCACCUUUGCGGAGUGACCUGAAAGCUCAAUUGGGCUCAGAGGCCUCUCCUUUGUGGGAUGACCCAAAAACCAUUUUGGGCUCAAAGGUCUCGCCAUUAGGGACUGAGCCCAUAUCCUUUUCCAGCUUGAAGGUCUCUUCGUUGGAGAAGGACCCGAAAGCUCAUUCGAGCUCAAAGAUCUUGCCAUUGGAUAAGGACCUGAAAACUUUAAAGCCCCCACCCUCUGGUGACAACAAGAUUGUUUUUUACUUCACAAGCUUGAGGGGGAUCAGAAAGACCUAUGAAGAUUGUUGUGCCGUGAGGAUGAUCCUUCGAGGUUUCAGGGUCUCAGUGGAUGAGAGGGAUGUCUCCAUGGACUCUGCUUACAGGAAGGAGUUGCAGAGCAUCUUUGGAGCUUCUGUGGCUCUGCCCCAACUCUUCAUCAGAGGAGAGUACGUAGGAGGCGCAGAGGAGGUUCGGGCUCUCCAUGAAAUUGGUGAGUUGAGUAGGUACAUAGAGGGAAUUCCAUUACAAGACCCUGCUUUGGUUUGUGAAAUGUGUGGAGAUGCAAGGUUUGUGCUCUGUGAUGACUGCCAUGGAAGCCGAAAGCUUUGCUUUGAUGAUGGAAAGUUGUAUAGAUGUCCAAAUUGCAAUGAGAAUGGGCUAGUUCGAUGCCCCAAAUGCUGCUUCUAGCUGAAAGAUAAAAAGGGUAUGCCUUGAAAAUUCUUUCUGGUCAUGAAUAUGGAUAUGUUAUUAGAUUUUAGUUGGAAUUGUUUUAGCAUAAGAAAAACAAGAAAAAAAAAGAAAAAGAAGCACUUGAAACCAUUAGAGAGUUGUGCAAGCUUUGAUAAAGGGAGAGGGAGUUGUUGUAGGGGAAGUACUUGUUUGGUUGUCUGUAUAAAGAUGCUUGUUUGGCACUACUUGUGCUUUGCAUGAAGGAGCGAUUCUUUCCUAUUUUGGAGUUCUUUCUUGGACAUAAAUGAAUGUGCCACAUUUUGUUUGAUUUUCAUGAGAAAACCAGUGUUCUU